UAUAUAUAUAAUUCACUAAUUGUAAGGUACCGCUCAGUUCCGAUUCUGGCACCUUCUCUGUUUUUCUCUCGCUUCUCAACCUCUAUCCUCUCAGAAUCGUAAUCGAUUUGUUCUAAGAAAGGUAUCAUGCAGAGGGAUAGAGAAGGGAGUUUUGGAUCCCAUGGGAGCAUGAUGUCUAGCAUUUUUGGAGGAAGAGAUCCAUUUGAUGACCCAUUCUUUGCUCGCCCAUUUGGUAGCUUGUUUGAUUCAAGUGGUCCAUUUGGUGCCAACCCACAGAUUAGUAGAUCAAAUGGCCCACUUAUUGAGGAAUUAGAUGCUGAUGAUGAUAAUAAAGGAGGAGAGGAAGAAGGUGAUGAUAUAGGGGUUGGGGAUAAGAAAGAUAAAGCUCGACAGAAUACCAGGUCAAACAAAGAUCCACUUGUUGAGCACCCGGAUGACCAAGUUGAUGAGAGGAAGAGCGAGAUUAUUUCUUCUAGGUCUGGCUAUAACAAGGUGGAAGGGACGCAGUCGCAGACUAGGAGUGUCAGCUUCCGGAGAGUCACAUAUGGUGGUAUAAAUGGGACUUAUUACACUGCUACAAACACCAGGAGGACAGGCAGUGAUGGGGUGGUGUUGGAAGAGAACAAACAAGCGGAUAGAACAACUGGUCAAGCAACACAUAGGAUCUCUAGAGGAAUACACGACAAGGGCCAUUCAGUUACAAGGAAGCUUAACUCAGAUGGUAAGGUGGACACAACUCAGACUUUGCACAACUUGAAUGAAGGUGAUCUUGAUGGAUUUGAACAAGCUUGGAAAGUUAAUGCUGAAAAGCAUUUGCCUGGAAGGAAUGAUGGGUUCAAUGUCCGUGAAAGUGGAGGGGCUAGCAGCAGCGGACAAGCAGCUCGAGGUGGUUGGGCUCUGCCAUUCACAGAGUUCUCCGAAAGAUCCGGACGAGUGAGACCUGGUAAUUCUUCUGGGGUGAGGUCCAAAAAAGUCGUCACAAUUAAUAUAGAAUAAAUUAGCAUAAAAUUCAAGGAUUGGAGUACACAGCAUAGUUCCAGAAGUAGCAGUUGUUAUAGCUAUACUAAUAGGGUUGAAUCUUGUGUACGUAUCCUAUUUCCCGGAGGAUAUCUCCCGAAUAGCUUGCUUAACAUUGUCAUCCUAUGUGUUCUGUAAUUUCGUAAUCGGAUUAUCAGAAUACAGAAACAUGAUAGUGUCUGUAGCCUUCGAAAAUGAAUAAAAACUCUUGCUUGUGGUUCAAGCAGAUAAUAUAUUACCUCA